AUGAGCACCUGCAGCGGCGCAAGCACCAGCGGCUCCAGCCUCGCCUGCCGCACCGCGACGGGCGCGAGCGGCUACGGAGGCGCUGCCGGCGCGGGCGGCAGCAACUGCAGCACCAGCAGCGCCUGGAGCAGCCGCGGGCCCGCCGCCCACGAGGAGCUCGGGGACUCGGCCGACGACGAGGCGUGCAGCACGAGCGGCACCAGCAACAGCGGCUGCGAGUGGAUCCUCUCGCGUUUUGGCGGCCGGGAGGUGCUGGCGGACUACGAAUUUGGCCUGCCGCUCGGCAGGGGCACUUUCGGCGUCACCCGCCUGGUGACGGAGCGCGUGUCCGCGCGCCCCUUCGCCUGCAAGACGGUCUGCAAGGAGCGCAUCAACAGCCGGCAGUACAUCGAGGACAUGCGGUCCGAGGUGCAGAUCCUGCAGCACCUCGUGGGCGUGCCCGGCGUGGUGCAGCUGCGCGGCGCGUACGAGGACUGCCGCGCGGUCAACCUCGUGCUCGAGCUCUGCGCGGGCGGCGACCUGCUGGAGCAGAUCCUGCGCCUCGGCCGCCUGCCCGAGGACGACGCGGCGGCCGCCGCGCGCGCGGUGGUGCUCGCGCUGCAGCGCUGCCACGCGCGCGGCGUGAUGCAUCGCGACGUGAAGCCCGAAAACUUCCUGCUGGCGGCGGAGGGCUGCGCGGCCAGCUGCCGCGCGAGCGACUUUGGGGUGUCAGCGUUCUUCCGGCCGGGGCAGAAGUUUAGGGAGGUGGUGGGCACGCCCUACUACAUGGCGCCAGAGGUGCUGCUGCGCUGCUAUGACCAGGUGAGGGGGCGGCGCAGCCGCGCUCGGGACCCAGCCGCAAGCCCGGCCUUACAGGCCGUGGCGGCCAGGGACCUCCCUGGCUGCUCCGGCGCUGCGGAUCCCGCAACCACCGGCUUUGGGCUGCCAGCGUCGCCCCCGCCCUGCCUUGGGGCAGCCCCGUGA